CGGAUAACCGAGAUCAAUGAAGGCUGGCAAGAGCUGAAACGAAACAUGUCGACUUCAGGAUAUUGCGACAAAAUCCUCUGUGCCUUAGGCUCCGAUUCUCCCAGAACCUGAACCUGGACUGAUCCUGGAGCCGCUGAAACACUAUACAUACAGUAUGAUGAUGAAUGUGUGUGGAUGAUGUGCGCGCAUCCAUUUCUGCUGGCAGCGGAGAGGAUACACAACCACCAUCGCAUCUCUUCAAUAAUCUGCCUCUGAAUAUUACGGAGGAGAGGAGACAGGAGGAAAAGAGGAGAGGAGAGAGGAGAGGAGAAAGGAGGAGAGGUCCAGGAGUGAAGGACGCCUCCAUCGCGUCUCCGGAUGGCUGCUCUGCUCCGUCCUCCUGACUGACCGGCCCGCCGAAGGACCGACAAGCCAAACCCACCGGUGGGACAGAGCCUAUAUAAAGCCCAGCAGCGGGUGUCUGUCACCAGAUCAUCAUCAUCAUCAUCAUCCUCCUCCUCUCCCGACCUGGAUUAAUCCUUCUUCUGUGUUCUCAGGAUAUAGCAUCCAGUCUGAGCAGCCAUGUCUCACGGAUGGGGAUACGGACCGUCUAACGGACCUGACAAAUGGGGAGAAGAUUACCCUGUGGCUAACGGGGACAGACAGUCUCCCAUCAACAUUGUCCCCAAGGAGGCCCAGUUCGACCCCUCUCUGAAGCCUCUCAAACUCAAGUAUGACCCCUCCAACGCCAGCGGCAUCCUCAACAACGGACACUCCUUCCAGGUUGACUAUGUGGACGACAUUGACAGUUCCACCCUGACGGGAGGUCCUAUUUCUGGAACGUACCGUUUGAAGCAGUUUCAUUUCCACUGGGGAGCCAGUGAUGACAGAGGCUCUGAACACACUGUCAACGGCAUCAAGUUCCCCUGUGAGCUUCACCUGGUGCACUGGAACACCAAGUACCCCAGCUUUGGAGAGGCAGCCAGCCAGUCUGAUGGACUCGCAGUGGUCGGGGUCUUUCUCAAGAUUGGUGCUGCCAACCCCAGGCUUCAGAAAGUUCUGGAUGGCUUGGAUGCUAUUAAGACCAAGGGAAAGCAGACCACCUUUGCUGACUUUGACUCAAAGACUCUCCUUCCUGGUUCUCUGGAUUACUGGACCUAUGAUGGCUCUCUGACCACGCCUCCCUUGUUGGAGAGUGUCACCUGGAUCGUCCUCAAGGAGCCGAUCAGUGUCAGCCCUGCACAAAUGGCCAAGUUCCGCAGCCUCCUCUUCACCGGAGAAGGAGACGCUCCAUGCUGCAUGGUGGACAACUACCGGCCUCCUCAGCCUCUGAAGGGCCGUCAGGUCCGCGCCUCCUUCAAAUGAACCCUCCUUCAUCUUCAUAGCUUCCUUGCCUCCCCCUUGCUCAUCCUUCCCUCCUUUUCCCGAACUCCCAUUUUCUUCUCUCCAUGCAGUCUUUACUCAGCUUAUAUUAGCCCUAUUGACUUGAAAAGUGCAGCUUACACUUUCUAUGACAUAGACUAACUGGAUGUAUCUUGAAUUAAAGAACUUUGAGUAUUUUUUUAAGCUUUGACGCUAUUAAGACCCCAUUUACACUUGUCAUUUCAAGUGUUCCUAUCCAGAUAAAAUCCAGAUGAUAUUUAAGGGACUUUGAUCUACACUGAUAUGUGUCUCUGUUGGUCAGAUCACACAUCUGAUUACAAUCCAUCUAACCCAGGGUGGGAGAUAGGGGGGUGGUGCACCUGAAUCUGUUUGGACACAUGAAGUAAGAGUGUGAAUGGGGUCAUAGAUUGUGCAUGUGUGUGCCACUCAUACAAUAUUAUAUACACAUUUUCCACAUGGUCAGACACUGCCUUGAAAGGUAGCCUAAGAAUGUUAGUCUAUAUCAGCUAACACAGGUAGCCUACCAAUGGACCAGGGAUCUACUGAAAUUGUCACAAAUACUAACAAUGGGACAGGAAUUCUGGCCCCUGGUCUCUUUUUGUUUUUCUCUGGCCUCACUAUAACUAAUAAUCUAAUCUAUUUUCUUAUUUAUAGCGUCUAUUGAUGUCUGCUUUAUCCUAGACAGACAUUCUAAAAGUAGUUGUGUUAUUAUAGGAAAUUUUAAUAUGUAUAACAAUUUCAAACAACAAUAAUGUACUUUUUGUUAGCACUAAUGCAUUGAAGUAAAAAAUAACGACAAACUACUGAGGCAGCUGUAUAUUAUAGGAUGAUGUGUGCUACUUAAGCAGUAUCCGAUGUGGAUGUAGGCCUAAAUUACAAGCAGGGAUAUUUAUCAGAAAUAAAAAAUAUUAAUAAAUCCUCCGUACUUUUUAAUAUAUGAAUAAUAUGCUUUGCCUUUUCUGAAAGCCUUCAUCGACUUUCUGAAGCUUCUUUGCUUCUAUGCAUUCCAUUGUGUUGUGACUUGUGCUGCAGACAGCUGCUCAGAUUGUUAAAAAUGUUUUUAUUGAUGCCUCAUUGUGUCACAAAGUGAUCGUGCUGAGUUUGGGGCCUGAGCUUUGCACUGUGGUCACCACCAUUCAACUGGCACUUUUAUACACGUAGGUUUUUAGACUUACAAUCACCUCAUGGUGGUAAUGCUAUGGAAUGUUCCAGUAUGUUGUGAAAGACAGUCCUACUUAGUAUUGGCUGAUGGUACAGCCUGAGACCAUGUCCACACUAAUUUUGUCUCUAUUGGGCUUCCAUCCAUUCUGGGUAAAUUAAGCUUUUUGGGCAAAAAUUUGCCAGAACCCCACAGAGACAUCUACAUUACUGUGGUCAUGGCUCAACUCACUCUAUCAGUGGCUCAACUGUACAAGUGUCACUCCAUUUUCUUUAUAAAAAACUAUGACAACUGAACUACCUAUCACCACAGUGCAUUAAACAUUGCCUUUAAGACUUGUGUAAGACAGAACUGUUAAGUUGGAAAGAAUUGGAAAGAUCAGUUUAUGACUCUACAUUACCACCCGCUACACUAUCAACAUAUAGGUCAUAGAGUGUUUCAUUAAAUUCUCAAUCAUUACUCCAUCUAACUAAACUGAGAUCAAUGGCAGAUAUUCAUAAGAGACCAGCGCAAUGUUACUUAUUAGCUUUUAUAUCAAUGUUAUAAAACAAUCAGUUUUCAGAGUGUGGCUUUAGUGAAACUGCUGUAACCUUUUUAAAGUGUGUCACUCAAAUCUGCUGUCACAUUACAGAUGGAAAAAAAUGUUUUUUUGUGAAUCUUUCAUGUCAUAAUGAAAAAUUAAUGUUAUCAAUAAAAACUCAUAACUUGCA